AUGGAUGUAAAGACGGCUUUGUUGUACGGCAAGGUCAAGGAGGAGAUUUACGUUGACCAACUACCCGGUUUCAUUAACUCAAAACUUCCCAACCAUGUUUACAAGUUAGACAAAGCUCUAUAUGGGCUGCAUCAAGCUCCUAGAGCUUGGUAUGCUACCCUAACUCAGCAUUUGCUCAACCACGGCUAUUCCCGAGGCAGCAUUGAUCAAACCUUAUUCAUCAAACAUGUCGGUCCAGAUCAAAUUCUUAUUCAAAUAUAUGUGGACGACAUUAUUUUUGGGUCGACAAGCCAACAACUUUGCAAAGAGUUCGAAGCAGUGAUGAAGAAGAGGUUCGAGAUGAGUUCUCUUGGGGAGAUGACCACGUUUCUGGGGCUUCAAGUCCAACAAUCUUCAACCGGAAUCCUUAUUCAUCAAGCAAAGUAUGUGGAUGAUGUGUUGGAGAAGUUCGGGUUCCGAGACGUGAAACCUGCUCUUACACCCAUGGCAGAAAGACCUCUUCUGACCCUUGAUCUUGAGGGUGAAUCCAUAGAUCAGACGCAUUAUCGAUCAAUGAUCGGAUCUCUCAUGUAUCUAACUGCUAGUCGCCCAGAUGUAAUGUUUGCGGUCUGUCAAUGUGCUCGCUACCAGGCUAAUCCUAAACUCUCUCCUUUAAUUGAUGUUAAACGGAUUUUUCGGUAUCUCAAAGGGUGCCCAAAACUGGACAGCAACUAUGGCGGGUGCGAUCUUGAUAGAAAAUUGACUUCAGGAGGAUGCCAAUUUAUUGGUGAUAGAUUGGUUUCAUGGCAGUGCAAGAAGCAGCAUAUCGUUUCCACCUCAAUAGCAAUAGGAGAGUAUGUCGCUACAUCUGCAUGUUGGUCUCAAAUUAAGAUAGGAGACAUGGAAUUUGCUAAGGUCCACAACUCUGCCAUUUUUCUCGAAGACCCUCCUGCAGCUCACAAUGACUUAAAGUUUACUGUUGAUGGUUUGAAGAAGUCUUGCCUGGUCCAUGCUUUAACCACAUGCCCUGCAAUCUACCAGAAUCUGAUCAAGGCUUUCUGGAGGAGCGCAGUUGUGAAAAAGAAUAAUCAGGGUGAAAAGUUCAUUGAAGCAAAAAUUGAAGAAAAGAAAGUUCAAGUAACAGAGAGCAUCAUUCGGGAAUCUCUCCAAAUAGACGACUGA